AUGGAUUUUUCCUCUCCCCAGACGGCUUCAUGGUCGGAGCCCUCACCUUCACAUCCGCUGGGAAAUUUUUCAUUUGCGCAACCCAGUGAACUGAGGCUUCCAGCCGGCAAGAACUUAGCGCUCACUCCACAAGGUGCCACUCCCGCUUCAUUUCCCUGGGUAUCAGCUGAACGCUGCGCUGAACUUCUUGAAUCAUCUCAAUCAAACAUCAUGCUAUUUGAUGUUCGCCCAUUUGCCCAUUUCAGACAGGCCAAUAUCAAAGGAUCACUCAAUCUAUGCAUCCCCACUACCCUACUUAAGCGUCGAUCAUUCGAUACCCAGAAAUUAGAGGGCACUUUCACAGACGACGCCGACAAACAGAAUUUCGCUCGUUGGAGAAAGUGUGACGUGAUCAUUGUCUACGAUUCUGCCGCAGCGGAUUUGAAGGACGCAGCACCUCUUCUGAACCUUCUCAAUAAAUUCCAGGCUGAAGACUGGAAGGGAGAAGGGUUGAUCUUACAAAACGGGGUUCGAGGUUUCUCGGGUCGGUUUCCACGUUUGAUUCAGCAGCCACAAACGCAGACGACCGGACCAUCCUCUAAACGUCCCUCUCCCAUGAGAAUCAAUUUGCAAUCUGUUGCUCCUGUCGUGGGUGGUUGCGCUCUACCAGAAUCAUCCUCUGCCGUCAACCCAUUCUUUGGAAAUAUUCGACAGAACAUGGAUCUGCUCGGAGGUGUCGGACAAAUUCCUCUGAAACAGCCCGAUCAAUUGACCGAGGCGAAGCGACAGCAACUCCCUUCCUGGUUGCGAGGCGCUUCCGAUCUCAAGGACCAAGGGCACAUUGUCUCGAACAAGUUCCUGGUUUUGGAGAAAACAGAAUUGGAACGCAUGAAACAGGCUUUAACAUAUGAAGGACCUUCGGGUGACACCAAUGGUAGCCCUAAGAAAUAUCGCGUUGCAGGGAUAGAAAAAGGCACGAAGAAUCGCUACAAUGAUAUUUACCCAUUCGAUCAUUCCCGUGUCCGACUCGAGGGAAUUCCAUCUGGAGCCUGUGAUUAUGUGAAUGCAAAUCAUAUUUCCGCUGAACUUACCAAUCGGAAAUACAUCGCCACUCAGGCUCCCGUUCCUGAUACAUUUGAUGACUUUUGGCGCGUGGUGUGGGAGCAAGACGUUAGACUUCUCGUUUCUCUUACUGCAGAGGUUGAGCGAGGGCAGGUAAAAUGCCACCGAUACUGGGAGUCUGGAAAAUAUGGACCAUUCGAAGUAAAGGCCUAUUCGGAAAAGCACAUCUAUAUCGAAUCCAAGGGCGGACCUAUCGAUCCCACGGUUGGCAGCCCUAAGGCAUCGGCCGAACGACCUGAUGGCACAAACGAAAAUCCAGUCAUCACCGUGCGAAACUUCAGUAUCUGCCAUACGUCAUUCCCCUUCGAGCCGCUUCGGGAUAUCACCCAACUCCAAUAUCCUUACUGGCCCGAUUUCGGGACAACGUCACAGCCUACUCAUCUUCUCCAUCUAAUUGAGCAAUGUAACAAGGUCAUUCGUGCUACCAGCAACUCCAGCUUUAGUAGCCAGCAAGCAGAACCGAAGGGUCAGCGGCCAGUACUGGUGCAUUGCAGUGCGGGCUGUGGGCGUACGGGGACCUUCUGCACUGUUGAUAGUGUCUUGGACAUGUUGAAACGGCAACGUGCGCAGGCUGCCGGUGGUGGGGGCCUGGAUCAAAACCCCAUCGGAUCUUCCGAGUGGAUGGGGGAUUUCAAUCUUGACCUAAUUGCAAAGACGGUCGAGGAUUUCCGGAGACAAAGACCGAGCAUGGUACAGAACCUGAGCCAAUAUGCACUCUGUUAUGAGAGCGUGCUCGAAUGGCUCGCUUCUGAGAUAAACUAG